AAAACAAUGCGCAUCAGCAUAGGCGCUGAGGCUUCUAAGAAACAAGCCGACCAAAAGCCAAAUUCAAGCUAAAAUGCUAGCUGAAUGACUGUUGUCGCGAUCAGAAGGGUUACAUGCAAAUGAAAUUGAGGUGAUAGUGCUGUUCCUCAAAAUAAAUCAACCGAAGCUUUUCAAAAUACAGGAUCAAGGUCAAACGAGAUGUCAGUGUUGUUUCAGUUUCUCUAAUUAAAGUUGAACCACUCAAAGGAAUAAUGAAGGACGUCAUAGAAAAUAAGGAAGAGUACAAGCGCCUGAUGGUGUACCCAGAGGAGGAGGAGGGCGACGGGCUGCGGCUGCCGCUCUCGCCGGUCGGUCAGCGGGGAUACGGCCUGGACCGUAACCGGCGCUCCUCGGCCGAGGACUUUGGCUCCACCAGCGAGGAGGACGAGAUGGUGCUCCAUCCGCUGGAGAGCGUCCUCAAACAGAUCAGAGAAAGGCCGGUCCAGCCGCGCCGCUGGGCCUACUGCUGCUCGGGCGUCGUGUUCGCCGGCAUGAUCGGCCUGGUGGUCGGCUUCACCAUGGCCUACGGCCUGUUCCUCUCGCUGGAGGCGCCGUGUGCUCACUCGCGGGUCUGGCUCACCGGUUCCGACCACGUCCACCAGCGGCUGCUCAGCGACCUCCGGCCAGAGAACGUCGCCAACUUCCUGAGGACCAGCGGCGUCAGUAGUGCGGCGCCCGGCCGCCAGUCGGCGCCACCGUCGGCGUCACGUGACCGCGCCGUCGGCCCGACGGGAUGCAGCGCGAGCUGACGUACGUCGGCGGCCGUCUCAGUGGCCCGACCAUGGCGCGCGCUAUGGUGCCCAGGAACCUGCUCUGGUCCGGCGUGCUGGCCGCCGCCAUCGCCUUCUUCAUAGCAGGGGUUCUGCUGGGGCGGUUCGCCUUUCGCGGAGAAUCAACAGGCGGCUCGAACUCCCGCCGCUACGCCAAGGCGGCCCAGUAUCUGCUGGAUAAGAUCGACGCCAGCUCGCUGGGUCGGUUCCUCAGGGAGCUGACGCGGCGACCGCACGUGGCCGGACUGCCCGAGAACGAGCGUCUGGCCCAGUACGUGGCGGACACGUGGCGCGCCCAGGGCCUGGACCGGGUGGAGGAGCUGCGGUAUGACGUGCUGCUCUCCUACCCGGACGGACAGAAUCCCAACCUGGUCCGUGUGGUGGACGAGACAGGUCAGGCGGUGUUCACGGCGCAGACCCACCAGCCGCCGCUACACUCGCCAGAGGAGCGCGACCCGUCCGUACUACAGAACUUCAACGCCUACUCGGCGCCCGGACAGGCGCAGGGAAAGGUCAUAUACGUCAACUAUGGCCGCGAAGAGGACUUCCUAUAUUUGCAGUCGCAGAACAUAUCACUCAAGGACCACAUCGUCAUCGCGAGAUACGGCAAAAUAUUCCGAGGGAAUAAGGCGUACCUAUGCGAGCAGUUUGGCUGCUCGGCGCUGCUGUUGUACAGUGACCCGGCGGACGGCGCGCCGCUCGGCCAGUCCGCCGACGCCGCCUACCCCAACACCGUGUACAUGCCGUCGGCGGGCGCCCAGCUGGGCACCGUGUACAGGGGCACCGGAGACCCGCUGACGCCCAUCUACCCGUCACUGGAGAGCGCCUAUCGUCUGUCGGAGGCCGAGGCCGAGCUGCCCAGGAUUCCGGUGCAGCCCAUCAGCGCUGACGACGCCUACCAGAUCCUCAAGCUGAUGCCGCCGACUGCCGCGGCGCCUGCCGACUGGUGGGGCGGGCUGAACCUGACCUACGGCCUGGGUCCGGGCCCGGCUCGGCCCGGCUGGACCGUUCUGAUGGACAUCCACACACACGGGGAGAGAGCCAACGCCACCAACGUGAUCGCCACGCUGCGCGGAUACGAGGAGCCGGACCGUUACGUGCUGGUGGGGAACCACCGGGACGCCUGGAUUCUGGGGGCCAUCGACCCCUCCUCGGGCACGGCCGCAAUGCUGGAGCUCACCAGGGUACUGGCUAACCUGAGAAAGGAAACUGGCUGGCGGCCGCGCCGCUCGCUCGUAUUCUGUAGCUGGGGCGCCGAGGAGUACGGCCUGGUCGGCUCCACCGAGUGGGUCCAGCACCACCGGCAGCAGCUGGCCGCCCGCGCCGUCGCCUACCUGAACGUGGACCUCACCAUCAACGGUAACGACACGCUGCGCGCGCUGGGCGUGCCGCUACUCCACGACCUGUUGUUCGCCGCUGCCCGGACGGUGCCCAACCCGGACCCGGAGGAAGUGGCCGCCGGCCGCACCACCGUGUAUGACACCUGGCUGCUGCACCGGCUGGACAACGCCACCGGGCGGCCGCAGGUUACGCUACCCGGCCGCGGCAGCGACUAUAAGCAGUUCCUGCAUGUCGAGGGCGUGCCCAGUUCGGACCACCGGUACUUUCAGAAGACGGACUCUGGCUCGUCAUACCCGCUGUACCACACGCUCUACGAGACGUACUACAUGGUGACGGAGCUGCAGGACCGGGGCCUGCACUUCACCACGGCCGUGGCGCAGAUGUGGGGAGAGAUGGCCAGACGGCUGGCAGACGACCCGGUGCUUCCGUUCGGCGUGGUGCGCUAUGGCACCUUCCUGCAGGAGGCGUUCAGUGUUCUGGAGGCCCACUUCGGACCGCGACUGAGGCAGAACGGCGUCACUCUCGAUUACGUCAGGGCGGCUGUGGAGGAGUUCGCUGAGGCGGCCACUACUUUCCAGGAGCACUUUCUCCGCCAGCUGGAUCUGGACGACCCGCUGGCGGUGCGGCAGGCCAAUGAUAUUCUGAUGGGUGUUGAACGGUCCUUCCUGGAUCCCCGCGGCCUGCCCGACCGGCCCGACUACAAUCACGUGAUUUUCUCGCCGAGUUCGUCGGACGGCUACUCGGGCGUGGUGUUCCCCGGUCUGGUGGAUCUGCUGCACGACCUGGACCGGCUGCCGGCCGACCGGCGCGCCGCCCAGUGGCAGAAAAUCAAACUACACGUGUCGGUGCUCAGCUACAUCAUCGGCAGCGCGGCGCAUGGUCUCCAGCAGGACAUCUGAACAGGUGCUGUCGGAAGUCGGUACCGGCCGGAGGACACCAGAGAUGGAGGGCGCGACCGUCGGCCGAAAUGGGGACGGGACAGGUCCCCUUAUAAACUGAAUAGCCGAUAAGACAGCAACCGCCGCGGUAUGAUUAGGUGCCCGAGUCACAAUAAGAUGAUUAGGUGCCCGAGUCACAAUAAGUACUUGAUCUACAGACUACGAAGGUGGCGUGGAUAAAGCAUGAACUGACCCAGGAUGCUUUCCACAUCUUUUUGUUGAUAAUGAUUAGCGCUUUCGGCACUUUUCGUAAUGAACCCUUAGCAAUCAAUCGACCAGCCGACUUAGCUGAUAGAUGAACCACUGAGACGUUUUGUUGCCAGCAUCUACACCACCUCAUUCAUGAGACAAUAACAUACACGUCAUACACACGCCGUCCUGUGACCAAUGCUAAUGGAUAGAAGCUGCCGACCCAGCUGCAACCUUAUGUAACUGAAGACCAGUCGACCUUAGCUUAUAGAUCGGUAGGAGAUAGAGAACCCAACCAGUCAUUGGGUUUGUGGUGGUUGAAAGAACGGUGGAAGAACAAGUGCGCGUGUGCGUAUCGUGCCGUACGGAAAACACCUACAGUGCCGGAGGUGUCCUUCAGUGUACUCCCAGUGCCAGAGAUGUCUGGCUUAGACGCUUCCAGUGCCGGAGAAGCUGGACGGGAUGCCCCUAAUGCUAGCGGGGCCGUUCACCGCCAGUUGUGCGGAGCGGAACGGGUGGGAGCGAGCGGCUGUGAUAUGACAAUACCGGGACUAUCCCGUCUGUAAUAUGUGGCCAGGGUAAGACCGGGAGCGACAGUCCAGGGAAACGGGCUACCGCUCCUCACCAAACCGCGCGCUAUAGGACGUAGGAGACAAAUGAGGCAGACAACAACACAGACUGACGCACGGACAGAAAUCUAGAAAGACUGACGGGCUUACGGACAAACUGGCAGACAAUGCCGGAGACGAUAGGACGGAUGGACGAGCGAACUUACGAGAUAACUAGCAGACUGAGACGGGAACGGAAAUAUGGGUGGGCGUAAGGACAAACAAGUUGACAGACCGAGACGGAAAGGAAAGGACGGACGGACGGACGGACGUGAAAAUGAUCCGUAUACAGUUUGCGUCGUAGUGCAAGUUUCAUUGAGGAUCAUUGCAUUAUGAAAGAAGGAAGCCGCGCUUACAUUCGUGUGGACAUGCUCUUCCAAUGUCUUCCCAAGUCCGAUAUUGCAAUAUUUGAGAGAAGUGUUUGUUGCACUGUUCCACGCUUUUGUCCGCGUAUGCUGUGCAAUGUGCAUUGUGCUUGCCUGUGUGGAGCGUAGCAAGUUUAUAAGCGCUCGCGAUGGCAGCCACUGGCGAUGCCUGUCAGUCGGUUUGACGCGCACUGUGAGUUUGUCAGAGUCGGUGUGAUCUGUGUGAUGACCUGUGCCUUAUUGGCGAGCUGUAACAAUGUCAGCUUGGAUGGUGUCGUGUCGCUGCUUCCGUUAGCUGUAACCCGGGAUCGAAUACCACUGAACGAUGAAACACG